UAAAAAAUCGAGGUUUCCUGGCGGAGGCCGGCUGGUGGUGCUAAGCUUCACAGGGUGUUCAGCUCCGGGGUUUGACUCGCUCCGGGCGUGUGUGGAGGGCGGUGCAAUGGCUGCCGCGGUGAAAGAAUGCCUGGAGCUCCAGCUGCUGGAAGUGGAGAUGCUCCUUUCGAUGUUUCCCAAAAAGGGUGAAAUCAAUCUGGAUGAGGGCGCUGUGCCCAGCGUGCGGCGCUACCUGAGAAACGCUGAUGGAGCGCUGCCCCCGCAGCUCGAAUAUUCCAUCGCUAUUGAUGUAGGGGAGGCAAAGGAAAAAGUGGAAUUGCAGGUACUGCUGCCUCAUAUGUAUCCUCAGGUAGCUCCUGAGCUUUUUGCAAGAUCAAAUGCACUGCAGAGGCAGCAACAGUUGCAGCUCAACACUGGUCUCGCUUCUCACAUCAGCUCGUUGGCUUCAGGUGAACUGCGUAUAUAUGAAGCUGUGCAAUGGCUGAAAGACAACAGCCUGCCUUAUUUGAAAAACAGUCAGCUGUCUUCUGGAAGUACUUCAGCAGAAGUCGUAGUUAAAGAAACAUUGCAUCGCAUGUGGAUCUACAGCCAUCAUAUAUAUAGGCAGGAACUCAGGAAAAAGAUUUUUGAUUGUGCAAAGAAGUUAAAUCUGACUGGCUUCUGCCUGACAGGGAAACCUGGUGUCAUCUGCGUGGAGGGAUGCCAAGAAAACUGUGAAGAGUUCUGGCGUGUUAUUAGGUAUCCCAACUGGAAACAUAUUUCAUGCAAGCAUGUGGAGAAUAUAGAAACAGAGGGAAGCAUCGAUAAUCUUCGUCUCUUUCAUGCUUUUGAAGACCUGCAGUUUCAGGCACAUGGUGAUUAUGGCCUGAGGAAUGACUAUCACAUGGAUCUUGGCCAGUUCCUAGAAUUCCUGAAGCAGCACCAGAGUGGACAUAUUUUUCAGAUUUUAUUUGGUGUCAAAGGCAAACUUUCAGACAGGUAAGAGAAACUCUGUAAGAAGUUCUGAUUUUGGACAGCAAGAGAUGAUGCUAACAUUGAAAUAUUGUGCCUUAUCGCUACUGUGAAAAGGGAAACUUCCAUACGAGAAGAAUGGCUCAAGUAGUUAACCUUAGCUUCUGUUCUGAAUUGCCACAUAUUUUUGAGGGGCAUUUACUUAUUUUCUGAAAUUGGCAUUUGUCACUUCGAGCCACACCUCAAAGUGCUUGCAAGGUAAUAAACAUCCUACACUGUA